CGAUGCACAGAAUACAUAUCAUUAGACAUUGUUUGGUUGUUCCUGAUUGCAGGGCAACACAGUCCUUUAAACCAGAGUCAUAAUAAUUAGCACACAGCAGAAUCUUCCAAACUCAUUGGAGAAUAAAACCUUGUAUCUGCUUUAAGCCAGAGAAAAGUGCCAUCCUUCCUCAGAGACAGUUUGUGUGAGGGUGAGACUUGAGACUAGAAUAAGGAAAUAAAACAAACUUUUCUAUAAUAACUAUGUCCCUCUACUACCUAGAGUUGAUUCCUGGUUUAGUUUCAACGCUUCCCCUUCUCUGGAUUUUUUCCACUCUCACUAAUGGGGAGUAACAGCAGAGGAAAGGAUCUUGAAGGCACUUCUGGAGAUAAUAUGAUUGUGGAUAACUAUGAAUAUGAACAAGAGAUGAGAUUCCUACCUGCUAACUUGAAUCCUGAUGGUCUUUUAGAUCAGUGGGCUCAGUUUCCUCCAUAUGGCCCCAGAGCAUAUGAGCCACCAUCUCCUUUUCUCAUACAACAGGUCCCUGCGGUUGCAAUGCAAAGACCAGGAGUGGUAGCACAACCCCAGCAACAUGCAUUAGUGCAAAAUGGAUAUGUGGGAUCUAGGUUUUAUAAGAAGUUGAAAAGUGCGAGGAUUACAUGGAACCAUGCUGGUGCGGAUGUUGCUGUUGUAGGAUCAUGGGACAAUUGGAAGAGCAGCGAGCCCUUGCAUAGAGUAGGUCAAAGCUUUGCCAUUGUUAAAAAACUUCCCCUUGGUAUCUAUCAUUACCAUUUCAUUGUAGAUGGCUAUUCAACACAUGCUCCAGAGUUCGUAUCAGUUCUUCAUGACUCAGGUUAUGUCUACAAUAUAUUGAAAGUGCAGGAAUAUUAUAUCCGACGAACAUCUGAGACUGAAGAUCCACCAUCACCACCAUCAAGUUACGAUAACAAAUUCUUGGAUGAAGAUGAGUUCAAGGUUCCUCCCCCAGAACUUCCACCUCAACUACCGGUGACAGUAAGUGAUAAGCCUUCAUCAAUCACACAUUUGGAGCUGAAUCAUAUAUACACUUACAAAAAUGUUGAGGAUCAAUCUGAGGAACUACGAUCUACUCAUUUGUUCCAAGACAAAUAUGCUAUUACCCAGCGCUGGGAAAGAUGAUGAAGCAUUUUGUUUACUAUAUGCUAUUGAACUUGUCUCGUUUAAGUGGUCUUUUUUAGGACAUUUGUCAAGAUCACUUGUUUGAUAUGUAGGAAGUUGAUUGAAAUUUUGGAAUAGUUAAAUGAAGAAUUGCUUUUCAUGUAAACAACUUAAGGGAACAUUAUUUAUUCUGGCGGUCAAUAUAUAUAUAAUACAUAUUCAGUUCA